UCCCUCACAUCACAUCCUUCGAUAAUUUUCUUCUUUUAUCCACAUAUUAUCAUAUCUCGUUUAUCUCUCUAUAUAUUUCUCUCAGUUUCCUCUUCCUCAACACUCCUUUCCACUUUGAACUUCACUUUUCAUCUUGUUCUCAUUCCAAAACCCACAACAACAUACCCUAUAAUCCCAUAGUAUAUAUAUUCAUUUAUUUUGCUCCAGACAAUUGUCUCUUCGUUCUGCAAACUUAAUUGCAUGUGAAAAUGAGUUGCAACGGGUGCCGAGUUCUCCGAAAAGGUUGUCAUGAAAAUUGCAUACUCAAACAAAGCUUAGAGGGCAUUGAAUGCCCUCGAGCUCAAGCCAAUGCCACUGUCUUUGUCGCUAAAUUCUUCGGCCGUGCUGGCCUCACAUCCUUCCUUUCUUCCGUCCCUGACUCCCAAAGAUCAGCUUUAUUCCAGUCGCUGUUGUUCGAAGCGUGCGGAAGGACAAUAAACCCGGUGAACGGAGUUGUAGGGUUGCUAUGGACAGGUAACUGGCACCUUUGCCAGUCGGCCGUAGAGACAGUGCUUCAAGGAGGUGUGUUACAGGCGUUACCGGAGUUUUCAGGCAUGACGGGAGUAGGCAAAGUAAACCGACUAAAGGAGAAGAGAAGAGACACGACACCUUUGAAUUCAGAUGAAUCUGAUACAACAACGUUUGAAAGCGGUUUUGUUUACCAGCAAAAUGAACAAGGAAAUGAUACUAAGCUUCUCAGACUGUUUUUCUGAACAAAAUACUAAUGAGAAAAAUUCUUAGGUCCAAAUUUUAUCAGCUUA